CUCCUCCCGCCGGCCUCCGCUUCCCAGAAUCCAAGAUGGCGGGAUCCAGGCAAUGGGGUCCCCGGGCCAGAGUUCAGCCUCUCUUCUGCGCCGUGCUGCUGUCGCUUAGUCGCUUCGCCGGGAGCGACGGCCUGGGAGGCGACCCUGCGGCCGCUGGUGCCGCGGGCACCGCGGCCGCGUCGCCAUACCGCCGUUUCGAGUACAAAUACAGCUUCAAGGGACCGCACCUGGUGCAGAGCGACGGGACGGUGCCCUUCUGGGCCCACGCGGGGAAUGCUAUUCCAAGUUCAGAUCAAAUUCGAAUAGCACCAUCUUUAAAAAGCCAAAGAGGAUCGGUGUGGACAAAGACAAAAGCAGCCUUUGAGAACUGGGAAGUUGAGGUGACAUUUCGAGUGACUGGAAGAGGUCGAAUUGGAGCUGAUGGCCUGGCAGUUUGGUAUACAGAAAAUCAAGGCUUGGAGGGUCCUGUGUUUGGAUCAGCUGAUAUGUGGAAUGGUGUUGGAAUAUUCUUUGAUUCUUUCGACAAUGACGGAAAGAAAAAUAAUCCUGCUAUAGUAAUUAUAGGCAACAAUGGACAAAUCCAUUAUGACCAUCAAAAUGAUGGUAUUAAUCAAGCUUUAGCAAGUUGCCAGAGAGACUUUCGUAAUAAACCCUAUCCUGUCCGUGCAAAGAUUACAUAUUACCAGAAAACACUGAUGGUAAUGAUCAAUAAUGGCUUCACACCAGAUAAAAAUGACUAUGAAUUUUGUGCCAGAGUGGACAAUAUGGUUAUCCCUCCUCAAGGGCAUUUUGGAAUAUCUGCUGCAACUGGAGGUCUUGCAGAUGACCAUGAUGUCCUUUCUUUUCUGACUUUCCAAUUGACUGAGCCUGGGAAAGAGCUGCCUACCCCAGAUAAAGAAAUUUCAGAAAAAGAAAAAGAAAAGUAUCAGGAAGAAUUUGAGCACUUUCAACAAGAAUUGGAUAAAAAAAAGGAGGAAUUCCAGAAGGGCCACCCUGACCUUCAGGGGCAUCCUGCAGAUGAAAUAUUUGAGAGUGUAGGAGACCGUGAGCUGAGACAAAUCUUUGAAGGACAGAAUCGUAUCCAUCUUGAAAUCAAGCAGCUGAACCGACAGUUAGAUAUGAUUCUUGAUGAACAGAGGAGAUACGUCUCUUCCUUGACAGAGGAGAUCGCUAAAAGAGGAUCAGGAGUCCCAGGGCAGCAGGGACAGAUCACCCAACAAGAGCUGGAUACUGUUGUGAACACUCAGCACGAGAUCCUGAGACAAGUAAAUGAAAUGAAGAAUUCCAUGAGUGAAACUGUCAGGCUGGUCAGUGGCAUACAGCAUCCUGGAUCUGCAGGGGGAGUUUAUGAGUCAACCCAGCACUUCAACGACAUCAAAGAGCACCUUCACAUCGUGAAGCGGGACAUAGACAACUUAGUGCAGCGAAACAUGCCAUCAAAUGAAAGACCAAAAUGCCCGGAACUGCCACCUUUUCCAUCAUGUUUAUCUAUGAUGCACUUCGUUAUAUUUGUAGUGAUACAAACGGUGUUAUUCAUUGGUUACAUCAUGUAUAGGACUCAGCAAGAAGCAGCUGCCAAAAAAUUCUUUUGACCACCAUUUUCAUAUGUGUACAUCAUGUAUGUAUGUACAGAAUGUCUUUUUGAGGGAAUUUAAGUAUUUAAAUUGCUUCAUAGUCUAAAUUAUUAAAUUUUGUAUAAAAUGUUUAAACAUUGAUUUGCAGUAAGAAUAAACCUUAAAACAAAGACAACCACAUGUAAAUUUGUGCAUAGUACAUAAAUCUAUUUAAAUUUCAGUGAAUUUCUGGCCAGUAGAAUACAGCCACUGAACAGAAUAUUGAUAAAUAAGACAGUAAAUAAUAGAAACGAGGGGCAGCCCCGAGAUGUGAAAGUUACCCCUAAGUCUCCAGUGUUGGACGUUUCUUUACUUAACAUAAAUAUACUUGCCCUCCUACCCCCCAAGCUAUGUGGUCUAACUUAGAGCUCCCCGUCAUGUUUAACCAGAGUCUUUUUUUUUAGAGGUCAGAAUUUCCUACUCUAAGACCCUGUCCAGCAGUCCUUUUAUCUAAUACAAUUCCCUUUGAAAUCAAAAAAUAUUUUGUCUGAGAGCUUUAGGAUCUAGAUAACAGGCUUGAGAAUGUUGAAGUAUCUUUCCCUCUGAUUAUCAAUGAUACAUUUCACUUUUAAAGGAAAUUUUGGGGGAAAAUUAAUAGCUGC